AAUCGAGGAGAAAGCAGCGACUAACGCCACCGAGCACGUUAUUGCCUCAACAACUGUAGGAUUUUUACAAUACUCGGUCAAAUAACAUUUAUUUUAUUCGUUCGUCUGUCGGCACUGUGGAUGACACUACGUUUGCCGUGUUUCAAGCGCGAAUCUCGCCCUUAAUGCGGUGGGAUGGCCACAGUGCCGCCUGGGCCUAGUAGCGCUGUGCCUUCGUCCCCGGCUCAAGCUGCUCCUUUCCCCGGGGCUGGGGACUCCGAGCUGGGCAGAGGAGACGGAGAACCGGCCUGCCAUCUCUCGGACUGUGUGCCCGACACAGGAAACAGACCGCUGUCGGUCACCGACGUCAAGAAGACUGCGAAGAAAAAGCAGAAAAAUAUGCUAGCCCGAGCUAGCCCCGCACUGCACCUUCCAAUGCAAAGCCGAGAGCAGCAGCUGAACGGCUUGGCCAGUCCCACAGAGCAUGGCGACGACCCGCACACGGACAACCGGCCCGACAAUCCCAGAACGAUCGCGGACAACGGUGACAGCGGCAGCCCCGAGCCCUACACGGGCAUCAGGAACAGUAGUGAGCACUGCCAACACGAAGGCCACAGCCCUUUAUCCAAAAACGGCAGCCAGUCUCCGCUAGUUAACAAUAGCAUGAACGGGAUACCGGCUUUUACUAGAACUGAGGAGUCCCCGAGCCAGCCCCUGGAGGAGCAGGCACAGGCGUCUGAACACCCGCAGUCCCCCGGUCCUCUGCGGGACUCUGCGGGGACAGCCGCAGAGGAGCCGCCCGCCGCAGAGCUGGCCCGCCUGCACCUCUCCUCUCCGGUACCGACCGAACCGGAGGACCACGGCAUCCGCUAUGUGCGCUACGAGUCUGAGCUACAGAUGCCGUGGAUCAUGCGGCUCAUCACCAAGGACUUAUCCGAGCCUUACUCCAUUUACACCUACAGGUACUUCAUCCACAACUGGCCGCAGCUCUGCUUCCUGGCGAUGGUGGAGCAGGAGUGCGUCGGAGCCAUUGUCUGUAAACUGGACAUGCAUAAAAAGAUGUUUCGCCGUGGCUACAUCGCUAUGCUAGCUGUGGACUCCAAACACAGAAGGAAAAGCAUUGGUACUAAUUUGGUAAAAAAGGCGAUCUAUGCGAUGGUGGAGGGUGACUGUGAUGAGGUCGUAUUGGAGACAGAAAUAACCAACAAAUCGGCGCUGAAGCUGUAUGAGAACUUGGGCUUUGUCAGAGAUAAGCGGCUCUUCAGAUAUUACCUGAAUGGAGUGGAUGCGCUCCGGCUCAAAUUGUGGCUACGCUAAAGAGACUCUAGAAGCUACAUACUCCCUUCAGAUACUUUCAACUAAACUUACCAUCAACGCCUGUGUACCAGAUACGCACAUAGGCUUGCAUUGACACGCCCUGUACCUUCCUCGGACUCCAAACCAGUGUUCUUGAAGCAAAAAUGGGACUGGUCUUUACUCAGAGCACGCAGUUCAAAAACGUUGGACUUACCAACAUGGCCGCUUUUUUGACCUGGAAGCGAGACAUGGAACCGGAGAGGGCAUCUACAACACCAAAACAUGCAUCAAAACAACACGGGACUAAAAAAAAACAGCAUUCAAAGUUUCUAAGGUGGAAGAGUGGGCAGUUCUAAACCGAAACGCCAGAUGGAAAAAAAACAUUUGUGGAGUUUAUUUUUCUUUUUUUUUUAACCUUGUAAAAGUUUGGCGGAGAUUUGGAGAAGCGUUGCUAUGACUGCACGUUGAUAUGGCCUGGUUUGUUCUGUGUGAGUACUUGGUUGGGUUCACUGUGGGUAAAGACAGGUGUUUGUGUGAUUUCGUCUUAACCCCAUUGUGAUUUUUUUUUUUUUUUUUUUUUUAAGUUUUUCAUCUCGUCUCCAGCCUCCUGACCUGGGGACUUAUGCAUGCGUUUAUUUUAACACAAGGGUUUGGAGUGUGUGCAACUUCUGAUAUUUUACCCUCCCCCUUUAUCGAAUUCAGUUUAAAGGGGACAUAUUAUGCUAAAUUAAACAUUUUUGGAGUUUUUAACCUUGCCAUAAUGCUGUUGCCUCAAAUAAACAAGGCUGGAGUAGUCUUUUGUUUGAUUCACACAUGUUAAAGGUACAUGGCGUAACUUUUCUGGCCACUUCCUCGUCUCAAUGGAGAUCUUAUUGCGUCGUCAGGAAUGUUCUGCAGUAUGGCGUAAGCAUUUAUUUUAUUACAAGUUUAUUUUAUUGCCUUCCAAAUCAUAUGUUGUUAUUGUGAGAAGUGUCACAUUUCUACAGAUCUGACCUAGAACUUGGUCUGUUUAAUGCCAUACUGCGGAACAUUCUCAACAAAGCAAUAACAGAAAGCAGAUGGCAGAAGUUCUCCAUUCCAAAAGUUACACAUUGCACCUUUAACAAAAACUUGUUUGGUGAGAUUUUCUCCCAAACAGAUCACAUUGUUUCAACUCUCUACGUGGGCAGUUGAAACCAAGAAUAGCUCCUCCAUGUUUUUAAAGUUCAUACACCCUCACACUUCAACUGUAUCCACUACAUCGCAUCUAUCUGUUAGCAUCACUGACAAUAGCCAUGCUGCUAAUCUGUCUGUUCAAAAUGUCUCACUUCCCACUGUUGCCAUCAGACGGCGCCAGACAGUUAACUCAAACAAAUGCAAAGAAAGAAUGCUGUAAUGGAACCUGGUUUCAAUACGUUAUUCUAAGUUAUAAUAAAAAGCUACAAUCACGCAUAAUAUGUCCCCUUUUGUAUUUUUCACUAAUUUAAAACAAGAUGCACUGUGUAACAUUUCUACUGCUUGUCUCCAUGGAAAUUGUAUUGCUUUGUCUAGAAUGUUCCACAGUAUAGCUUAAAGCUGUAUUUAUUACGAGGGAGACAAGCAGGAUACAACACAACGCUACAUUACAAUUCAGAUCUGUGGAACCCUAUUCACAGAACAAAUUGUUGUAUUUUGAGCAAUAGAAACACCCGUAAUGAAUAAAUGCUAGAUGGAUAUGUUUAAAGUCAUACCAUGGAACAUCUCAGGUCAAGCAAUAACACCUCCGUAGCGAUAAGCAAGUCCCUCCACCAGAAAAGUUGCACAGUGCACCUUUUAAAAUCUAAAAAGUGUAGGUUUCAUCCCUGUAUUUUCACAGGAGUUUCCCAUUCUUCCCAUAUUGCACUGCCACCUGCUGCUAAAUGAUCUAUAAUGAGAAAGACCGUUGCCAAAGUUGGUGUGGUCGUGUCCGCCAUUUUGAGUUUAACUCUCAGUAAAAGUGCCACUCCAUCAGCACAGACUCUUCAUGCUGGAUACCUGAUAAAAUUAACUAUAACACUGCAAAAACUGAACUUUGAGUUUAAAUUACUUUUAUUCAGAAUUUUGUCUUAUUUUGAGUAGAUAUAUUUACUAACAAGACUUAGAUUGCUGGGCUUGUUGCAUGGCUUUUUUCAUAAGUUUCAAGAUCAGUAAGAAAAGAGAUCUUGUUUUAUUUUAAAGGGUACAUAUUACGUAUUUAUUUAUUACAUAUUAAAUCUAUAUCUAUAUAAUGUUGCUUCCUCAUCAAAAACAUGAACAAAAUACGGAAAUCCUGUAUAUUUAGGCUGAAUUCUUCUUUCAGACUGAAAACAUUCUGUUCCACCUUGUGUUAGACAGGAAGUGAGAUUUUAAACUCCAUACAUCUUCACUUGAAUCAUUUGGAUUAUUUCUGUCCUAUGACAAAAGCAAAAAGCUGUUAUGUUGAAAACUACAGCUUGAUGACAUCACAAGUUGGAACAGAGCAUUUUGAGCUUUGGAGAUGUAGACAGACUCAUAAUAAAGGGUGUGAAUGAAUCAAAACACAACUUUACAUAUGUUUUUGAUGAGGUAACAACAUUAUAGUGUCUUAAAGCUCACAAGAGUCAGUUUUGCGUAAUAUAUAAGACCUUUAAAUGAUUGGCUUCAUGUAGGUGCAAAAACCAAAUUCUUCUUAAACAGUCCCAACUAUUUAAAUUUGACAUUCUGGAUUCUAGUAAUUUAAAUAAUAGGUUGCGUUCACACUAAAAUUGUGUUAGGUCAUAAGUUCAGAUGGAGAUUCACUAUAAGAAAUAUGAUCGCAAAGGUUUUCCUAUAAAUCUGCCCAGUGGCCCAGUGAUCACAGAGAUAUGAACCAUAAACCAGGUCAACAAAUCUGUAAUCUGACACUUAAACGGCAACUUCCACCAUAGGAUUCUGACCUGUCCUCCAGAUCUAAACAUGAACGCAACUUAUUCAGAUUUUGCAGUGUACCUUUGGCAAUUAUAAUUUUUUCACUUCUAUUUUUCUGAAUUUGAUGUGUCACAGCUGAACCAUCAAUGCACUUCAACAAUCUUGCCAACAUUUUGAGAACAGAUGCUCCCAGAGAUACACUAACUAUCACAAGUUACUACGUUCUCUCACUCUGCAAAAAAGAUAUCUACAUUAUCUUAAAGAGCCUAUAUUACGCUACUUUUUUAAAAGUUGUUAUAAUGUUGUUUCUUCAUCAAAAACAUAUUUGCAGUUGUGUUUUGUUUCAUUUUCAUUUUUAGACUUAGUUCUUCUCUCAAACAGAAAACAAUUUGUCAUGUGGUAAUACAGGAAGUGCUCCACUGUGUUUUUAAACUCCAAACACCUUCACUAGAAUCAUUUGAAUAAUUUCAGAUAUGGAAUUGCUCUUCUCUGCUGAACAAAAGUUAAAAGGUAGCUGUUACUUGAAAAAUACUGCAUAAUGAUUUUGAACUGUGAAGGUUUAGAAAGACAACUAUGCAGGAUUACGCAAAUGAAACAAAACACAACUCCAGGUAUGUUUUUGAUAAGUUAACAAUGUCCUAGCAUGGCUAAAAGCUCACAAGAGUCAGUUUUGCGUAAUAUAGGAGCUUUAACUUACUUGCAUUCAGAAUAUAGAUUUUUGCAUAAUUUUUAGAUUAUUUGACUUGUUGUCUUUAAAAUUUAUUUUGCUAUGGCUUUAAAAUAGUAUAGCGCCCUUCCAGAUAUCCAGCUUUACAUUACAUUCACUUGAUGAUAGGCUAUGGAUGUAGUCACAACUGCCCUGGGACGCACUGACAGCAAUGUGGCUUCCAAUCUGUGCCAACAAAAGCCCCUGUGAUCUAACUUCAGUGGUGGGUGAGGAGUCAUGCCUAAGAGCACAAUGGUAAUUUGCAUUGGUCAGCUCUGACAUCAAUCCAUAAGCCAUUACUGUUCUAUUUUAAAGGUUCUAUAUUACAUAAAAUUGACUAUUGUGAACUUGAAAUCAUGUUAUAAUGCUGUCACCUCCUCAAAUACCUGGAGUUGUGUUUUGUUUCAUUCACACAUGUUUACAUCUCUAAACCUCAAAAUGCUGUGUUCCACCUUAUGAUGUCAUGAAGCAGUAGUUUUAAAGUUAACCUACGAGAUGGCCAAUUGCAGGUCUGAAAUGAUCUAAAUGAUUCCAGAGACGGUGUUUAAAAACACAAGAACUCAGCCUAAAUAUGCAUAAUUUGUGUGUUAAACAUGCGUGAGUGAACCAAAACACAUCUCCAGGUCGGUUUGUGAUGAGGAAACACAACAUAGAUCAGAAAAUGCAUAAAAUAGCAUAAUACAGGACCUUUAAGUUAAUAUUAAUAAUUUCAUAUUCUGAAUUCAAGUAAUUAUAACUCAUGUAGAUGUCAUUUUUUGCAAUGCUUAAAUGAACAAAGGACAGAUGCACUUAUAGGAUUGCAGUUUGUGUGUGAGUGAAUGUGUGUGGACCUUUUAUUUUAGACCAUGUGUUUCUAUUUUUACUUUACAUCAUUUCGACUCCAACCAGAAAAUGUAGGUGCCCUCCACUAAUAUUGGUGCCCGUGAUAACAUGCAAUUCAUUUCAGACUAUUUUAAUUUUUGCAAUGUGAAAAAUUCCUGUUUUUUAGUAUCUAUUUGUACCAAAAACUCAAAAUCUCUCCUAUAUUUAACUGUGUGACUUUCUAGGUUUGCCAACAUCACUAUUACAGUUCCAUUUAUGAUCAUGUUUUUGAGUUAACCGAGAACAAUGUGUAACUUUUCUUCUAGAGAGUCUGACCUUGCUUGUCUCCAUGGAGAUGAUUAUUAUACCUUUGCCUGGAGUGUUCCACAAUAUGGCAUUAAACCUACUGUAUAUAUAUUGCAUUUAUUCAGUCAAAUCAAGUUUUCCAAAAUACCUUGAAAAUCUAGAUCUGAACUUGUAGCCUGGUGUAACUUGGCUUGUCUCCAUGGAGAUAGAAGUUUGGCCAUUUUGUGGAACAUUCCAGGCAAAGCGAUAAUAUCUCCAUGGAGACACCAUCAGAAAACUUUUUAAUUUAAACUUUUUAAUGUGAAAAUUUGGGAUAAUUCUAGUUUUUUGGCAUCUAGUUCUACCAAAAACACAAAAUUCUGGGUUUGCUCACUUUUAGAAUUGCAUUUAUGAUCAUAUAUUUGAGUAAAUUGUGCAAUAAUAUCUCCAUGGAGACACCAGAAAAGUUACAUAAUGCUCUCGUUGACCGUCUUUGCAAAUAUUUGUAAGGGUGCUAAUAUGAAUGGUUGGGCACUGUAUGGAUGUAUGGGCAUGCACACACCGCAGUAGACUACAAUAUAUGGGUGGAAUUUGAGACAAGGAAAGAGCUAAUUUUCUGUGAAUUGAGCUUGAUCAAAUGCUAUUUAUUUUUAUGCAACUGGACAAAUACACCAUAUUGAGUGAGAAUAUUGUGGAGAGUUAUUUCAACAGUUCAAUUCAGGGCUGAUUUGCUUAUAAAUGAAGCACAGAUGGUCUCAUUUGGAUGUAUUUUCUUACUUCAUUGGCAGGAUGUGCUUUGAAAUUAUGAAGAAAUGCAUUGAAACUUGGCAGAGAUAUUUUCAAACUAGUCAAAUAUUCUUGGUCUGAUUCUAAAUAAUUCAAAACUCAGAUCCAAUAUAUUUUUUGCAGAGUUUGAGUUUUUAAAGCAAGAAAAUGGGUAAGUGUAAGAAUGUGAAAGUGAGUUAAGAGCUAGCAAUGGUAUAGUAUGGAUCAGAAGUGCUUAAACCCUGGUCUAGUCCUGGGUUAGACCUGGUUUAGUACUGGUCUGGUCUUUAUUCAGUUCCUGGUCUGCAGUGAACAAUAUGUCUCAGAGAUACUUAGGACCUGGUUUAGUCUCAGUCUAAAGUGGUUUUGUAGCUCUCAGAGGUGCUUUUGACCAAGGUUAGAGCUGGUUUAGGCCUGGUUUAGACCUAGUUUAGACCCGAUUUAGUCUGGUUAGACCUGGACUAACCCAGGCCCGGUUUAGUGCUGGUUUAAGUCCUGGUUUAAUACAGUUGUGCGGGGUGUUCCCUGUCCGCAGUCAGUAAUAUUUCUCAGAGGUGCUGUAGACCUGGUUUAGACCUGGUUUAGACCUGUCUUAGACCUGUCUUUAGACCUAGAUUAGACCUAGUUUAGACCUAGUUUAGACCUGGUUUAGUUCCAAGUUAGACCUGGACUAACCCAGGCCCAGUUUAAUGCUGUUUUAAGUCCUGGUUUAAUACAGUUGUUGUGGGGUGUUCCCUGUCCGCAGUCAGUAACAUUUCUCAGAGGUGCUGUAAACCUGGAUUAGACCAAGGUUAGACCUGAUUUAGACCUGGUUUAGACUUGUUUUAGUCCUGGAUUAGACCUGGUUUAGCCUUGUUAGUUCUUGUGGUGUUCCCAGUCUGCAGUGGAGUGCAGUGAUGUAUCUAUCAAAGCUGGUUUAGACCUGAUUUAGACCUGGGUUACACCUGGUUUAGACCUGGGUUACACCUGGUUUUGUGGAGUAAUGUGGUCCAAGAAAACAACAGUUGUGUAUCCAUGAUGUUAGGUGUUGAAUGUAGGAAAAGACAAUGGGACUUGCAAUUCAGCAAAGUGAUCAAAGUAGCAAACAACAUUACAACUAUCACUGAUAAUUUCUCAGAGUAACCCUUUAUUUUGUAUUCAUUUAUUUUACAGGUAUAAUACAAUACAAAAUCAAAAUUAAUCACAAAAUAUUAAUGAACUGAACUGUUGAAAUAAGUUAUAUCUUUCCACAGUGUUCUAAUGUUAUAGUUUUAAAUGCAGUACUCUCUUUUAAAUAUCGGUAUCCUUGGUAACGCUUAAGACCUUUUAACUCGCGUUCUCCUCCAGUAAUUUUUUGCUCCCAUUUCUAACUAAGAUCAUUAAAAAUUAACAAAAUAUAAGAAUUUAAUUUCUAAGUAAUUGCCAAUAUCAGUGCAGGGUGCUGGAGCUAUAAGAUACUGCCUUUUGGUGUAGUAAUCCAUUUAAAGGUGCAUUGUGUAACUUUUCUGGCAGAGGGUCUGUCUCUCUGGAGAUGUCUUUAUCUUGGCUUUGUCUGGAAUGCUUCACAGUAUGAUAUUAAACAUUUCUACGUUCAUGGAGACCAAACCAGACCAAGUUAGAGGUCAGAUACGUGGAGAGGAGAUCCCGCUCAGUAAGAAUAUCUGUUUGGAUUUUUUUAGGUAUUUUUGAGCUUUAAAACCACCUGUAAUUGAAUAAAUGUAAGGUAGAGCUGUUUAAAGUCAUACUGUGGAACAUUCCAGGCAGAGCAAUGACAUAUUAAUAGAAACCAACUGGUGACGGCCCUCCAACCAAAACAUUACACAAUGCAACUUUAAACAAAAAUGUCUAAAAGUUAAGAUUUCUGGACAUUAAAAUGACGAUGCAUGUUACAUUUGACAGAAUAGAGGGCUGAAGAUGUUUACAAAACCCCCACAUUCUCAAAUUGUCUGUGCAUUUUUUGGACAACAAUCUGCCCCUACGUGAAAUCCCAUGUUAUUUCUUUAGUCCUUCGAAUGUUGUUGAUACCAUGUUUUUGUUAAUCAUUGUUUGGGAUGGGGUAUUUGUUUGAUUGGUUUUUAUACAUUUCUGUGCUACUUAAACCCAUUCAGAAAGAGGACAUACAAAAGACUGACAAGACCCGUAAAUAUUUGAAUCAUACCAGAUUUUUUUAUUUUAUUUUUUUGGUUUUACUUUGGUCGGCCAUCUUCAAUUUUUAUUUUACCCAUACACUGUAAAAAAUAUAUCUCGGUUUGUUAAAAUUUCACUUAGUUAGGUAUAUUUAUAUAUUUAUUCAAUUGACGUUGGUUAACAGCCCUGAUUUUAUAUCUAAUUCUGAACCAGGACAGCAAAAUGACUGCGUAAGAUUGUCAGUUUCAUCUCUAAUUGGAUUCAACUCUUUGUUUCCUACAGCUGUUGCUUAGCAACAAUAUGGUGCUCCUCCAACAAUAAUACCUUUUUAAAAUGUCCAGAAAAUACAGUAUCUUGAAUUGUUUUUACAUUACAGCCAACUCUAUUAAGUAAAAAGUUUUUCCUGAACUAAAAAACUCAAGUCAAAUAAUAAAUAAAUGCAUUUAAACUAUGCAAAACUACUCAAAUCCAGAUUAAUAUUUUGAAUUAAUGGCGUACUGUUUUGAUGUAAACUAUAGUAACUUGCCAUUCUAGGUGCUCUAUUAAAAUAAAUGAACAAAGGGCUCUAUGUAAACUACCAAUAACUUGUGAUCAACGCUGCUAAAACCAACACUGUAAAAUAUAAAGAUCUUCAUUUGAGUAGUUUUUAUUAGUUUAGAUUUAUGGACCUAAAUUGUGAAAUGAAAUUGUAAAUUGCACUAAGCUAUUUUAACAUCCCAAACCAGGAAAAAUAAGAAAUAAAAACUGAACUAAAUUGCUCUUAUUUAACCUAAAAACAUCCAUCCCACUACCUGGCAUAUAAAGAUAACAGUUAUAAAAUUAUAAUAUCGAGGCCUGUCAGAAAUACUGUCAAUGCAGCUUUAUUAAAUCGGUAACAUUAAAAAAUGUAUGCCAACUCAAAUUAAUCAAUAUUGUGAAUUCAAAUCUUUUAACUUAUCCAGAUGUUAUUUUUUACAGUGUAUACCAUCCAUCCCUGUGGUAAAGGAGUGAGCUAUAGUUUUAUUUUUAUUUUUUCACAUGUAUAAUUUUUGUUCCUCCAAGAAAUUCCCUAUAUCUUGCCAUGGUCCCAUUUUAUGAAUUUUGAUUUGGAAUUGUCCCAUAGUUUUUAUUUAAUGUGGAAAAAGAACACAGAAAUAAAUUAUUUGAUUUUUUUUAAUGCUGUAA